AUCAGUGGCAGUUGAAAAAUUAAAUGAUCUACUAUGUGUAUAUGAUCCAUUCAACCGAAAGAUUCUCUCGUUUUAUUAAUUUUUUGUGACGUCAGUUAAGUCUGGUACUAUUUUCAAUUAGAUCUGUAUUAUACUUUAGUUGCUGUAAGUUGUGCCACAAGUGAGGAAGUUCAGUGAUUUAAAUGAAAUUUUUUAAACGCCAUUAAUUAGUCAGAUUAAGAAAAAAGAAAAAAAAAACCAAACAUGGCUGACGAUAUUAUUAUACCAAAAGAAGAGCUUCGCAGAUCUACUUCGAUGCCAGUUAAACCAAGAUAUUGUGAACCAGAUACUUUGAAACGAUCAGACGAAAAAGAAAUACUAUAUGCAGAUGAUGAGGACGAUCACUAUAAUAGCCAGGAUUCGGAUACGUUUUUGGGACAGGUCAAUAAAUUCAAGUCUGAUCGUUGGCUCGGGAGCACAAUAGAUUUGAACAUCGAUUUAAAGAAAAAUGUUUCAGAAUUAGAUUGUAUUAAAUACAACAAACGAACAUGUCGAGUAGUGGAACAAAAUGGAAAUGAAAAUGUUCAAUUUCUUCGAAUUCCUGACAAAUCUUGGCGGUACUGGAAGGAUUUCGUAACUACAUUGAUCGAAUUGGAAUGGAAAUACACGUUAAGCCUUUUUGUGGGAAGUUUCUUCACAAGUUGGUUCGUUUUUGCCGUUUUGUGGUACAUGGUAGCUUAUGCCCAUGGCGAUAUGCUAUUUGACGAAGUAACUGGAGAGCGUCUGGGAGAGGGCAAAGAACCUUGCGUUAUUGGUGCAUCUACAUUUGUCGGUAUGCUCCUGCAUAGUAUUGAAACACAAACAACGGUUGGAUUUGGUGAACGGUAUCCGAGCGAAGAAUGUCCGGAAAGUAUGUUUCUCUUUAUUAUGCAAAUAAUUGUAUCUGUUGGGAUAGAGGGUGCUAUGGUCAGUAUUAUCUAUGCAAAAACUGCAAGGCCGACUAAACAAUUGGCUAAAAUGAGAUUUAGUAACAAGGCAGUUGUAUGCUACCGAGAUGGUAAAUUGUGUCUGAUUUUUAGAAUUUGUGAUCCAAGAAAACAACAAAUCAUUGGAACGAAAAUUCGAGCAUAUGUUCUUAAGGAUAGAGUGACCUCUGAAGGUGAAUUAAUAAAAACACACACUGAGCUUAAAAUUGAAAACAAUGGUAAUUCCAUGAUAAUGUGGCCCGAAACAAUUUGCCAUAUAAUCGACAAAAACAGUCCAUUCUACAAUUAUAAAACUGCGAAAGAUUUCAAUAUUGGAUCGUUUGAGAUAUUUGUAUCAAUUGUUGGAAGCUCGCCUGCAACUGGUCAAAUGACAGAAGAACGUACCUCCUACUUGUCAAAAGAAGUAUUUUGGGGACAACGUUUUGUCAAUGUUAUUGUUUAUGAUCCUCGAAACGAUCGAUAUAUUAUUGAUUAUUCAAAUUUUAAUACAACUAUAUCGGUUGACAUGCAUGGAAAAUCGAUUGAAAUUGCAAAUGAUUAAGAGAAAAUCUUAUU